AUGGCAGCCUCGGCACGAGCGACUGCUGCUGCGCCUGCGUGUGCGACUGCCUUUGACGAGGCCGGGGCAGGCGUGGAUCUGCAAGAGAUCCACGACUUUGCCGUGGACCUGGUCCUGCGGGCAGGCGCAUUGGUGCGGGCGCGCGCAAGAAGGCAGGCGGCCAGGUCCAGACGGCCAUCGGCUGCUGCUGCGGGCGCGGGGCCAAGCACCGCGCUGCCACAGGAAAAGGCCUCGGAGAUCGACCUCGUCACGGAAGUCGAUCUGGCCGUCGAAGAUUUUAUUCGAUCGAGUAUUCAAGCGCGGUAUCCCAGCCAUGCAAUCGUCGCCGAGGAGUCGUAUGGGGCGGGAUCUUCCAAGGGCUACUACACCUCUCGCAGAGGCCCCACAUGGCUGGUUGACCCGAUCGAUGGGACGCUCAACUACACGCACCUGCUCCAGCUCCACAGCAUCUCCAUUGGCUUCUCCUGCAGCCACUCUUCGAUCGCUGACGAUGCGCUCGUGGGCUGCAUAUAUGCGCCCAAUCUCGGCCCACUCGGCACGCUCUGGAGCGGUGCGAGGGGCAGGGGUGCCUACCUGUCCUAUCCUGCGCGAGUACCCACGAGCAAGCGGCCCGUAGUCGACCAUGGCUGCCAUCUGGCCGACCUCGAACGGCGGAGCGCCUCUGCUUCUGCUGCCGUCGAUGAAGACGAGGAGGAGGACUAUGAUGCGCUUGCACCGCAGAGACUGCCGCUGGAGAGCAAGCCCCUGCCCGCCGAUGCGCCCAGUGGGAUCCUGCUUGCGAGUGAGUGGGGCAAGGACCGGCGUCGAGGCAGGGACGGCAAGGGUAACCUCGCGCGUAAACUCGCGACAAUGACGACCCUCGCCGCCAGCGACGAUCUGACAAAGAGGGCGCAUUCGCCCUCGCCCUCGCCGGAGGCAAAAGUGCCGCACCUCCAUGGCGUGCGCAGCCUGGGAAGCUCGACGCUCGAUCUCGCCUUUUGCGCUCAGGGCUCCAUCGACGUUGUGUGGGAGGGCGGUUGCUGGGAGUGGGACGUCUGUGCCGGCAUCGCCAUCCUCCUCGAGUCUGGGGGCAUCGUGACAGACUCAAAUGCGCCGCCAGAGAAGGCGUCGCCGUACUGGCACGAGACUGACUUGCCCAGGGCUGAGCUGGGCGCGAGGCGCUUCCUCGUCGUCCGCGCAUGCACCUCGACCGAGGGGGAGACGAGUCACCAGGCGCAGCAGCGUGUCGCGCGGCAGAUCUGGCAGCGCACCCCUGGACUCGACUAUCGGAGGCUAGGUGUCACAUACCAUGUCGAAACCAAGAGCCAGGCAAAGGCGGCGUCGUCCGUCCGGGAGAUCAAGCGUCUCACUGCCGAAGAGGCGGCCGAGAGGCGAGCAGCAGCAGCGGCGUCGUCGGGUGCGUCAGAGGAGGAAGAAGAGGAAGCCUCGUUCGGAGGAAGGCUCUUGGACGAGGGCAGAAAUCGAUGGGAGCACAAUGCCUGGGACCAUGUCGAGCCGCCGGAAGCACAUCGGGCCCGCAUUCAGUCCAUUCUCGCCACGCAGGCCGAGACGAGGCUGUCUGCGCACGAGGCCGAGCCCUACCACGCCCAGCCUGCUUCGUUCUGGGACAAGUUUUACGCCUCGCACGAGAAUCGCUUCUUCAAGAACCGACGGUGGCUCCACCUCGAGUUCCCCGAGCUGGUGCAUGCGAGCCAGCGGGGUGCGCCGCCCACGAGGAUCCUCGAGGUGGGCUGCGGCGCCGGCAACACCGUCUUUCCGCUGCUCGAGGUCAACGAAAACGAGGGGCUGGAGGUGUUUGCGUGCGACUACUCGGCCGAGGCCGUCGACGUCGUCAAGUCGCACCCGCUGUACGCCGACGGAUCCCGGCCGGGCCACUGCCGGGCCAGCGUCUGGGACCUCGCCUCGGCCUCGGACAUUGACGGCGUCGCCGAGGGCAGCCUCGACAUUGUCGUCCUCAUCUUUGUCCUCUCGGCCCUGCGACCCUCGGAGUGGGCACAGGCGGCGCUCAACGUCUUUCGAUUCCUCAAGCCCGGCGGGCUCGUCCUCUUUCGCGACUAUGGCCGGCACGACUUGCCACAGCUCCGCUUCAAGAAGGGGAGGAUGCUCGAUGAGAAUUUCUACAUUCGAGGCGACGGCACGAGAGUCUACUUUUUCGAGCCACACGAAGUCCUGGCCAUCUUUGGGGCCACUGCGCCACCCGAUGCCCAGGGCGCCCCCGCAGCAGCUGCUGUUGCUGAGAACGCUGGGCCAGGGGAGAAGGAAGAGGAGGAUACGACAAGGAGCACCCCGAGCAUCGAAGACACACGCUUCGAGACGGUGCAGAUGGCCGUCGAUCGACGCAUGCUGCUCAACCGCAAGGAGAAAAAGGAAAUGUACAGAGUCUGGCUCCAGGCAAAGCUCCGGCGUCGGUAGACGGGACAUCCUUUGUUGUUGUUGCCCCAGUCACUGUAUGUACUGUACUGUAACCUGCAUCGUACGUUUUGGAAUGCAAGCAAUACUUUCGUUCCCCUUUG